CAGGUUGCACUGGACGAUAAAAGUCCUACAAUUGCCGGCAUCUCCGGAAAAUCUCUCCGAGAGAACUAGACGCAGUGGCGAGAAGACAGCAGGAACUGAUACAGAAGGAGAGGAAUCUACAGCAGGUGACAUCACCGGGGGAGCAGUCGGCAGUCUGCUACUUCCUGGAAUCCUUGACUGACGGCUACCAGCUGAUUCUCCUGCUGAUGGAUCUUUUCGCCCUGGAGUGAUAGGGCGUCCUGAAGUCUUUUGGAGUCGGCUGUGUCCAUUCUGGCCAGUUCGUUCAGGGGUGAGGCAGACGCUGACGAUGGAAGGACACCACACCAGGACAGGAAGUAAAGGGAUCUGGGUUGAGAAACAAGAGGUGUCUGUGGUGAUGCCAUGUGCCAGCUGCCAUCUGCUCUUAUCCUUGUUUCUUCAGGACUGAUGUCCAAAUGGUGUGCCCCUCCAUGUGUGGUCCAGUUCAGCGCUCCCUGACCGUUUCAUGGGCCACAAACCGACCCAAGCAUCCACGGCCACUGCUUGACUCAACCCCACCGCGCACCACCCUUAACCCCUCACCCCUAACCUUUACCCUCAGCCCCCCACCUCCCCCUGCCUCACUCUCUGUCAAGCCUCUCCUCACAUUUUGACAAUCCUAGCCCUUCUUGAGCCCAACAUGGUGGCCUGCAUCUCCGCUCUAAUCUUGGUCAUGAUGUGUCGGGGCGUCUUGCUCUCUGUUGGAGACCCGCCUCAGUCCCGCCGGGAGAUCCGCAUCGAGGGAGAUCUGGUGCUUGGCGGUCUGUUCCCAGUGCACGAGAAAGGUGCUGGGAUGGAGGAGUGUGGCCGUGUGAACGAGGACAGAGGGAUCCAGAGGCUGGAGGCCAUGCUGUUCGCCAUUGACAAAAUCAAUAACAACAACAAUUUGUUGCCUGGGGUCACUCUCGGGGUUCACAUCCUGGACACCUGCUCCAGAGAUACCUAUGCACUGGAACAGGCUCUGGAGUUUGUAAGAGCGUCCCUCACCAAGGUGGACGACACAGAGUUCAUCUGUCCAGACGGAUCUUACGCUCUGCAGGACGACAGCCCGCUCGCCAUCGCUGCAGUCAUAGGGGGAUCCUUCAGCAGCGUCUCAAUACAGGUUGCCAAUCUUCUCAGGCUCUUUCAGAUUCCUCAGAUAAGCUAUGCUUCGACCAGUGCCAAGCUGAGUGAUAAGACCCGCUAUGAUUACUUCGCUCGCACUGUGCCCCCUGACUUCUACCAGGCCAAAGCCAUGGCCGAGAUCCUGCGGUUCUUCAACUGGACGUACGUGUCCACUGUGGCAUCGGAGGGUGAUUACGGUGAAACCGGUAUAGAGGCAUUCGAACAAGAGGCACGCAUGAGGAACAUUUGUAUCGCCACUUCAGAGAAGGUGGGGCGCACUAACGCUAAGAAGUCCUAUGAAGCAGUGAUCCGUCAGCUCCUCCAGAAGCCGAAUGCCCGUGUGGCCGUCCUCUUCCUGCGCAGCGACGAUGCCAGAGAGCUGCUGGCAGCUGCUGCCAGGCUUAACACCUCCUUCAUCUGGGUGGCCAGUGAUGGCUGGGGUGCACAGGAAAGCAUUGUCAAGGGAAAUGAGGUCACCGCUGAAGGAGCCAUCACACUUGAACUGGCAGCCAAUCCCGUGCCAGAAUUCAACCGCUACUUUCUCAGCCUGAACCCUGUCAAAAACCAUCGUAAUCCCUGGUACAGGGAAUUCUGGGAGCAGCGGUUCCAAUGCUCCUUGGGUGAUGGAGGAGCAGGAGCUGGGGGAAGUGUCGGAUUUGGAGAGACGCCUCUCCCACCGUGUGACACGGACUUGUCAAUGGACAAGAGUAACUUUGAACCAGAGUCCAAGAUUAUGUUUGUAGUGAACGCUGUGUACGCCAUGGCUUAUGCCCUCCAUCACAUGCAACAGAGCCUGUGCUCUAACACCAACGAGUUGUGCGACAGCAUGAAGGCACUUGAUGGGCGCAGACUCUACAGGGAUUACAUCCUUAAUGUCAGCUUCACAGCUCCUUUCUCUCCUCCAGGCAGUGAGACGGUAGUGAAGUUUGAUUCUCAGGGGGACGGCGUGGGCCGAUACAACAUCUUCAGCUACCAGCGCUCUGCCCAUCGUUAUGGAUACGUGCCAGUAGGUGACUGGGCAGAGAGUCUGACUCUAAGCAAUGAUCUGAUUCACUGGCCCAGAGAAGUGGUGCCCACCUCGCAGUGCAGUGACCCCUGUGAACGCAAUGAGAUGAAGAAAAUGCAGGCAGGUGAGUACUGCUGCUGGAUCUGUACUGCCUGCGAGCCUCAUGAAUACCUGGCCGAUGAGUUCACCUGCUCGCCUUGUGCUCCUGGCCAGUGGCCCACUGAUGACCUGACGGCCUGUUACGACCUUCCUGAGGACUAUAUCAUGUGGGAAGAUGCCUGGGCCAUUGGUCCAAUUACCAUUGCCUGUGUAGGGUUCUUGUGCACCGGUCUGGUGUUCUGGGUUUUUAUCCGACACAACCACACACCGCUGGUAAAAGCUUCAGGCAUAGAGCUAUGUUACAUCCUCCUCUCAGGAGUCUUCAUGUCCUACGCCAUGACUUUCCUCUUCUUGGCCAAACCCUCUCCUGCCAUAUGUGCCCUCCGGCGCCUCGGCCUGGGCACAUCGUUUGCUGUCUGCUACUCCGCCCUCCUCACCAAAACCAACAGAAUAGCCAGGAUUUUUAAUGGCGUGAAAGACGGAGCGGGUGCAGUGAGACCACGCUUCAUUAGCCCGUCAUCUCAGGUGUUCAUCUGUCUGAGUUUAAUCUCCGUCCAGUUAGUGAUGGUGUCAGUGUGGCUGCUGCUCGAAGUUCCCGGGACACGGCGCUUCACAUUACCAGAGCGACGACAGACUGUUAUCCUCAAGUGUAACGUACGCGACUCAAGCAUGCUUCUGUCACUGGGCUAUGACGUGCUCCUGGUCAUCCUGUGUACUGUGUAUGCCUUCAAGACCAGGAAGUGCCCCGAGAACUUCAACGAGGCCAAGUUCAUUGGCUUCACCAUGUACACCACCUGUAUAAUUUGGCUGGCUUUUCUUCCCAUCUUCUAUGUUACAUCCAGUGACUACAGGGUUCAGACCACUACCAUGUGUAUCUCAGUGAGCCUGAGUGGCUUUGUGGUCCUGGGCUGUAUGUUUGCUCCCAAGGUCCAUAUCAUCAUGUUCCAGCCCCAGAAGAAUGUGACCAGCCACAGGCUUAACCUCAAUCGCUUCAGUGUCAGUGGGGCUGCAACCACAUACGCAUCACAUGCUUCUGUGAGCGCCCACCCUGUCCCAACAGUGUGCAAUGGGAGAGAAAUAGUUGACUCCACUACUUCCUCUCUGUGACCACAUCCAGUCCACUCUCUAAAUUGGUCUCUGCGACUGUUAGCCAAUCCAUGAACAUUAUCCCUGUCGACCAUCAUUCCCCACCUCAUUCACACACACACACACACACGCACACGCACACACACACACACACACACACACACACUAUAUACACUCAAAACACACACACAUAUACACAUGUACACAUACACACAAAUACAUGCACAAACAAACAAACAACUUUCUUUGUGGACUAGAACUGUAUUGUUUCAAAAAUGUAGAAAGUGUGUAACUAUAAUUAAAACUAUUUUCUAGGGAUGUACAUACAUGGAAUCAACAUUGUUGUAAGUAGAGAAACAAAAGAACAAAAAAAGUUUUUAGGAGGAAUUUUUGGAGCCUUUGUUUUGAUAGCUUUGUUAUGAUGCGGUGUAAAUAGACAUGCGCUGAAUCAUGGUAGGAGGGUGUAUCCCUCAGUCUGGAUGCACAUUUGUGGCUCUGCUUGCCUCACCUGCAAUAUCCCACAGACUUUUUAUUGUCAUGCUUUUUUGUAGGUCUCAUUGUAAUAACCAAUUGUGUAUGCAUUUCUAUUGUGUAUCUGUACAUUUGUAUAUUAUACUACUGAAGGUUCAAACAGCACAAUGUUGACAGUCUUGUAACCCUAGAAUGAAUGUGGACAAAAGCAUACACUGGAUGGUAAAGGAUGGCUGGAAUGGACAUCAAAAAUCCACCAAACUCAUCAACUUGCAGUAACACUGUUCUAGUAUACACUUUUAAGUUUGAGAUUAUUCCUAUCUGUUCACAUCUUGAUAGAUUUCCUUUGCAUCCCAGAUCCGUAUUAAGAACCAUUGUGGCUGUUUUUCAGGAAAAAAUAUGUUUUGCUUUUGAUACAAAUGUUCAUUUUUCUAUUUCUAAUCAUGGAAUCCCUUUAUCUACACGGCCAUAGUUCCAGACAUGUGUUCCCCAAGGCAGCAGUAUGCUCACUCUCACUCAGAAACUGUCUGUUUCUUUAGAGGAUUGCUGUAAUGGAUUGCUAAUAACAACUCAUAACGGGGCUGAAAAUAAAUAGUACAUCAAAUGCUUUUAUUUUGCCACAAAACUGUCGACACAGACAGUGCUGCCAACAAACAAAUUGGUGUCUUACUCGAUAAUUAGGAAUUUGUGCUCAAAUUACUCAAACGCUAAUGAGGGAAACGGUCUGCUUUGCUGAACACAUGUUGAAUCUUUGCGACUACUGGGGAGUUGUAGCUUAUGUUUUCGCGCCCCAUAGAUAAAGUAUGUGGUGAUGUUUUGAAUAUGGCUAUGUGCCUUAAUGUAUGUUUGAUAGUGUUCCAGAUAGAGGUUGAAUAGUGAUCGGUUUUACAUUACCAGCUGCAAAUCCUUGUUUGGUAAAUGUAAAAUUGAGCCCAGGUUAGCACAUGUUUCAGGCCAACACAAUGCCAGUUAGUUUUAUUCCCUAGCAAGCCUUCUGCCAUUGAUUGUUUACCUGAAGUGUUGAAACAGUGAAUCUGAAGAAUCCUUAAGAUGAAAUGGCUUUCUCUUCCCCCCUUCUUUCUCCAGUCUGUGAUUUAAAAAAAACAUGAAAUGGAUAUUUCUGAUAGACACCCAUCACACUGAUUUUACUUUACAUUAAUUAUAGCUUAGCAGCUCCAAUAAAAAGAUGAAGGGGAAGAGAAAAGCUCAUAUACCAUUAAGAUGAAGUCAUUGAAUUGUUGACUUAUUGAAGUGUGCAGUUUACAUCUCUGUGUUAAAUGUGUUGACGUUGAGAGGCACAGUGGAGCAGCUGGCUUCGGCAGUCCCAGAGAGGCUCACAAGAGGAAGCAGAGCACACGAUGUCAGCUGCUGGCAGAUCCUAUCAUCUAACAAAGGGAUGUUAGAGUAGAACUCAUAUGCAGAACAUAUAUAACAUUUAUCAAAACAUCCCAUCAAACUGUGGCUGGAAAUAUGACAAACUCUCUGCUGGGUGACAGUUAUGAGGUUGGUCGGAUAAAUUACAAAAACAUGAAUAAAGUUUUUAUGUGAGAAUCUAAAUAGCCUAAAUUAAUGGAAUAAUUUAGCGCUACAUCAUAAUUUAUUUUAAAGGGGGGCUUCUCAUAAAAAGAAUGUAUUGCAUUUAGUAAAUUAUUAAUAAACGGAUAUUAAAUGGUUACAUUCUAUAAUAUGCUGUCCAAAAUAAAGUGUGACUGUUAUACUUGAUAUUUCUAACAUAAUGUGAUCAGAAUCACUUAUCUGCUUCCCCAGAAAAGCAUUUUAAAAGUAGUUUCUCCGUGUUAAAAUGCAUGUACAGGCAGAACUGUUGAACGUUCAUCUCUUGACUGGUCUACACCUUGGCACAGCCGGUCUCCUACAGCACCCUGUGAUUAUCACACUGAAUGAUAGAUUGAAAGAAUUGUAGAGGAUGCGCCAAGCCGACCUACAUUGGGGCGUGUGUGUGUGAGGUGCAGAGAGCAGGAGGAGUGAGUGAUGUGGCAGAGCAGAAGGGAGCUGCUGCUGGAUUAUGUAAAGCACUCCCACAGCCCAGAAGUCACAGCGCUUCUAUGGAAGCUCAAAGUAUCUCAGAGAUUCACAGUCUUUGUUAGCAAAAGGCUUAGCCAUUCACUCAGUGGUCCUGCUCCCACAAGAUACACCCCACAUGGCAGGUUGCUAUGGACAACCACCGCCACAUCCGCUGCUGGAAUGUCUAUUUGUCUGCGAGGAGAGCGAGGAGGGAGGAGGGUUGAGGAGAGGGCGAAAGACGAGGAAUAGAAAGAGUAAAAACAGGGUUGCUGGUUGUGAUUCAAAUUGGCAGUGACUGAAGGGAUUUGGCUCAGCAAGGCCCAGUACUCCAAGCUCAGCUUUUUAAUGGCCGCAUAAAUAGAGCACUUAACCCCGAUUCUCCUCUCAUUUAGUCCAGGGGACUAGUCUCGGACAACGGUCUCACACUCUUCCUCUGACCCUCUCUCUCCCUCAACCCUCAGCCCUUGAACCUUUCCCCGCCACCUUGUUUCCCCGCCUCAUCUUCACUCUAUGUGUGAAACUUUGGUCUCAGCCAAGACCAUCUAAAGCCAGACCAGCCGAUUGGUAGCCCACACUUAAACUGAAGCCCUCAGUUCUGGGUGCCCACUGCAGCAUAUGCCAACGAGGCGGCCUUGAGGAGGUUGGAGAAGGGAUAAGGGGGAAGGUAGAUAAAGGAUUUAGAGUGUAUGGGAAAAUGAAAAUGGGACUCACAUGUAAAGAAAAUGCAUCCCUUUGAAAUACAUUACCUUUCUCACUCCACUGUACUCAGCUUAUCGUGUCAUGUACCCACUAACUCUCUGUGGAAGCUUCUUUAAUUGGCCAUGAAUAUCCUUUUCAAUCAAACAGCUUUCCACUACGGACAUUGUUCCUCUAUACAGCCUCUGCCAACUGCCAUGUGUUCUACAAAGGUCUCUGUGCUGUAAGCCCCCUGCUAUACAACAGAAUGUGUCCAUGGCCUCAAGGCUUUGAAUCAAGACAAGAUCUCUGCAGCAAAAUGAAGCCGAGGUCAAGCUGAACCCUGAACUGCUCAAUCGAAGCAAUAGUUUCGUGUUUAUGAAGCGUGCAAUAAAGAGGCUGUGAUGACAUCAUAAUAAAUAACAACCAAAAAGCU